AGGAGCCGUCGCUGCCGCCGGGAGGCUGGUGGACAUUACAGCCCAGAAAGCACCGAAGGGUUGCAGUGACAAUGACCAACGCCAUGUCCCCUCGGCAGGCGCCGCGCAAUUAGGUUUCCCUAAUUAGUCGGGUGGAGCGACGUUAGCGCAGCCACCCCAAGGCCUGCCCGGCCUUCGCAUCCCACCGGGCACCAACCAUCCCUUUUCCACCCCUUCCCAGAGCUCGCCGUGUGCCCGGGGAGGGGGCAGCACGCAUGCCAGCGGGACGGCAGCCCCCGCAGCCCCCGGGCCGUGCCGUCAGGUGCAGGUAGCCCAGCAGCAGCAGCAGCAGCCAUGGCCCAGUCCCGUGCCAACGGCUCCCACUACGCCCUGACAGCCAUAGGGUUGGGAAUGCUGGUCCUGGGCAUCAUCAUGGCCGUCUGGAAUCUCGUCCCUGGCUUCAGCCCAGCCAACAAACCCUCUGCUGGGAACAGCAGCAAACCCGACCGCGGCACCGGGGCCGUCUUGAAGAGCAAAACCUUCUCGGUGGCUUACGUGUUGGUGGGGGCAGGGGUGCUGCUGCUGCUGCUCUCCAUCUGCCUGAACAUCCGUGACAAGAGGAGGCAGAGCCAGGACCUCGCCCACGGGCCGCACCCGGUGUCGGCAGAACCUUCGCACCAGGAGGACAGCCAAGAAGAGGAUGAAGACACAUCUUCCCAGUACUACGUGCCCAGCUACGAGGAGGUGAUGAACACGGGCUACUCGGAGCCCAGAGACUCGGACAGGAGCAACAGGAUGAGUGUGUCCCUGCCCUCCUACGAGUCGCUGACGGGGCUGGAGAGCAGCCCGAGCCCGGGGGCGGCAGAGCCCGGCCCGGAGCGGCAGCCCGGCCGGCACAGCUCCCGGCUCAGCAAACACCUGAAGCCCCUGAAGGUCCGGAGGAUCAAAUCAGAGAAGCUACACUUGAAGGACAUCAGAUUAAACCUGGCUGAAGGGAACAGCGCGGCCCCCAUCACGAUAGAGCCCCUGACCCCUCCGCCCAAGUACGAGGAGAUCCAGGGGAAGGUGCCAGAGAGCAGGGAAAUGACUUAAAGAAAUAAGGAAGGGGUGAUGCUGCUGGGGAGUGUUUUUUUGGGGGUUUUUUUUUGGUUGAAAAAAAGCCACUCCAGGAAGGGCUCGGGCUGCGGGGGUCCCUGGGAGCAGCCAGGGGUCCCUGGGAGCUGCCAUGUGAGGACACGGUGGGUGCUGAGCGCUGCCCAGGGCCAGGACCAGCUCUGCUUGGGAUGGGGUUUUACAAAAGACAGUGGGGAAAGAAACCUGGAUGCCAAGGGAUCUGGAGUAAACAAAGGCUGGAAUUACCCAAAAGUGGAAUUUGUGAACGUUUGCCAUCAGGACCACCCAAUGCAUCUUCUCACUCCCCUCCCUCUUGCGCCAGCAAGACUUUCCCACUGGUACCCAACCUGGAUUUUCCAAGUAGAAAAGGGCAACAUUCCCUAUGGGUUUUUUUUUGUGCCUUUUCUUUCUGAGUGAGGGAAAUGGUGUUGCUGGAGCAACCCAGCAGCUUUCUCCAGUUCCCAUCCAGGCUGGAAUGGUGGCCCAGGGCCAGCCCCAACUCCUGCCAAGCUCUGUACUUGCUGGUGGGAAGCGGGAUGAAACGGGCCCUGUGCUCCUGGGGGAGAGGAUGGGGUUUUUUUGCCUCAGUUGCUGUCUCUGUCGUGUUUUGUGCUUGAAAGUGACAGAACAAUCUGUUUGAGGGCAAGUGGAGAAAUGCAGGGGGGUGGGAACUGAGCUAUACUUCUCCCGGGAGGUGAAAGGGAGUGCUGAGAUGCCGUGUGAGCAGACCUGUUCUCAAUAAAGGUUUUGUACAGUG